GGGCAGCUAGCGGAGCCGGGCCGCACACGGCGAGCCGACCAUGUCCUCCCCGGCGCCGCCGCAGCCCCCGACAGGGGACCCGCCCUGGCCCGCGCUGCUGCUCUGCGGCCUGGUCGCGCUGCUCGGCUGGAGCUGGCUGCGGUGGCGCCGCGCGCCGGGCAUCCCGCCGGGGCCCACGCCCUGGCCGCUGGUGGGCAACUUCGGCUACGUGCUGCUGCCCCCCUUCCUGCGGCGGCAGCGCUGGCUGAGCUGCCGGGCGAGGGCCGCGGGCACGGGCGCCACGGCGCUGGCCCCGCAGGUGCUCCUGGCUGAGCUGGCCCGCGUGUACGGCAGCGUCUUCAGCUUCUUCAUCGGCCACCACCUGGUGGUGGUCCUCAACGACUUCCGCAGCGUGCGCGAGGCGCUGGUGCACCAAGCGGAGGUCUUCAGCGACCGCCCGCGGGUGCCGCUCAUCUCCAUCGUCACCAAGGAGAAGGGAGUUGUGUUUGCACAUUAUGGACCAGUGUGGAGACAACAGAGGAAGUUCUCUCAUUCAACUCUUCGUCAUUUUGGGUUGGGAAAGCUUAGUUUGGAGCCCAAGAUUAUUGAGGAGUUCAAAUAUGUGAAGGAAGAAAUGCAGAAGCAUGGAGAAGAGCCCUUCUGCCCUUCCCCCAUUGUCAGCAAUGCCGUCUCUAACAUCAUUUGCUCCCUGUGCUUUGGCCAGCGCUUUGAUUACACCAAUAGUGAGUUUAAGAAACUGCUUGGUUUUAUGUCACGAGGGUUAGAAAUCUGCAUAAACAGCCAGCUCCUCCUGGUCAACAUAUGCUCCUGGCUUUAUUACCUCCCUUUUGGACCAUUUAAGGAAUUAAGACAAAUUGAAAAGGAUAUAACCAGUUUCCUUAAGAAAAUCAUCAAAGACCAUCAAGAGUCUCUGAAUGGAGAGAACCCUCAGGACUUCAUAGACAUGUACCUUCUCCACAUGGAAGAGGAGAGGAAAAAUAAUAGCAACAGCAGUUUUAACGAAGAAUACUUAUUUUAUAUCAUUGGAGAUCUUUUCAUUGCUGGGACUGAUACCACCACUAACUCUUUGCUUUGGUGCCUGCUGUAUAUGUCACUGAACCCCAAUGUACAAGAAAAGGUUCAUGAAGAAAUCGAAAGGGUCAUUGGUGCCAACCGAGCCCCGUCCCUCACAGACAAGGCCCAGAUGCCUUACACGGAAGCCACAAUCAUGGAGGUGCAAAGGCUGAGUGUGGUGGUGCCGCUCGCCAUUCCUCACAGGACCUCGGAGAAAACAGUGCUCCAAGGGUAUACCAUUCCUAAAGGCACCCUGAUCCUGCCCAACCUGUGGUCCAUACACAGAGACCCAGCCAUUUGGGAGAAGCCAGAGGAUUUCUGCCCUCAUCGAUUUCUGGAUGACCAAGGACAACUUAUUAAAAAAGAAACCUUUAUUCCUUUUGGGAUAGGUAAGCGUGUGUGUAUGGGAGAGCAGCUGGCGAAGAUGGAAUUAUUCCUGAUGUUUGUGAGCCUGAUGCAGAGUUUCACAUUUGCUUUACCUAAGGAUUCUAAGAAGCCCAUCCUGACUGGAAGAUUCGGUCUAACUUUAGCCCCACAUCCAUUUAAUAUAAUCAUUUCUAAGAGAUGAAGAGCAUCUCCAGGAAGAGAUGUUCAACUACAUGAGCCGGGAGCCAGGCUAAAGAAGUGGCUUCCUCGCAAAAUUCCUUCCUGCUGGAUUAUUUGCAAAGAUGUAGCUCUGCCCUUUGAUUCAAGCCCUGAAUGGUGGCUGCGGGAAUUUUGAUACUCGGAUUCAUCAGGAAAGGUUUCUUCUUUCAAACCAUAUCAAAGGUUCCUUUCCUAUUUCUCCCUGCUCCCAGGCCCAGUGUAUCUGAUCCUUGAAUACUCUCGAAGACAGGAAGGUAUUCCUAUUCUUUAUUAAGAUAACUAAAGUGUUUGUUCAUAUAGAAGACCCCUCCAAAACAGCACUUCUCAACAGGGAGUGUAACCCCCUUCAGGGCGAGUUUGGAAAUGUGUGGGUGUGGUUUUUUUAAAUUUUUUUGAGACAGAGUCUUGCUUUGUUGUCCAGGCUAGAGUGAGUGCCGUGGCGUCAGCCUAG